AUGGCACAUUUCGAACAAAUAGUUUUUAAAGUUCAAAUAAAAUUUACAAUUAGAAGUGAAUUCAAAGUGGAGAGUUGGAAAAUGGCAAAGGAAAGUCGGUUGAAAACUUAUUUCAGAGCAACAACACUUCAUGGGUUUGCAUAUCUUGCAAAUAAAAGAAAUUCGUUAGCAGAAAAAAUAUUUUGGAUUUUCGUUCUGAUUGUUUCCAUCGGUUGCAAUAUUAUUUUAGUGAUGAAGCUUUUUGAAAGGAUUGAAUCAAAUCCUACAAUUAUGUAUCGAUCCAAUGUUGCAACUCAAGUGACUGACAUUUCUUUUCCUGCUUUGACUUACUGUUCAUCAACACUUAGAAAUUCGUCUAGAAGGAAUACAGCAUUGGCUAAGACUGCUUGGAAAUUGAUAACUGAUAAUGAUACACCUGAAGAUGCUCAUACUAUUCAGCCUGAAAAUACAAAAAAAAUCUUUAAAUUAAUUGAAGGCAAUGUCUACUCGCACUUAAAGUUCCGUGGAAGUUGGUUGAAUAGUUUUAAACUGUUAAUAAGAACAUCUUUAAUGUCUUGUGGAAUUUGUCAAACAAUCAACUUAGCCGAUAUUAAUGAUGUCCCAUGGAAAACAAAUAAUUAUGAUUCUGGUAUUCAAGGACUCAUCUUUAAAGAAAACAAAACAAGAACUGGAAAUGGAUUCAUCAUUUUCAUUCACAAUCCUUAUGAAUUGCCUUAUGAAGGUCAUCAACAAAUGAUUUUGAAUGAGGAAGAAAAAGUAACAUUUCUCGUGGAACCUCGUUUGAAGAUCUUAGACGAGUCCUUGAUGAAUUUACCAAUUGAGAAACGCAAUUGCUAUCUGAAAGACGAAAAGAAACUUGUCAUGUUCAAAGUCUAUACGAAGCAUAAUUGUCAGCACGAAUGUUUGUGGUUUUAUAUUCGAGAUCAAUGCAAUUGCAUUCCGUUUUACAUGUUACGUGAAGAUUUGAUAGAGAAGCAUAUGGAGAAGCAAAUGGAAGAUACACCAAAAUCUUUUAUAUCCAUUCGGUUCAAGAACGAAGAAUUUUAUCCUUUAGUGACCAGCAGUUUCAUGUCAUCUAUUGAUAUAAUUUCCUACAUUGGUGGUUACUUGGGAUUAUUUCUUGGCUUCUCUUUUCUUUCUUUGAUGGAAAUUAUUUAUCAUGUUUUCAUCAAAACCACUUCUGAAAGUUGCAGAAAAAGUGAAAGUGAAAAAAGUGAAAAACCAAAUGGCAAUGAAGAAGAUUCAAGCAAUUUAUUUUCUGCUUUUAUAAAAGAAUCAUCGAUCCAUGGCUUGCUUGGCACGCAGGGAGUCAUGACUGUGAUGGAUAACCCAAUGAGCGUCUCAGAAAUUCCGUUUCCUGCUGUCACAUUUUUUACUCAACAUCCUAGAUCCGAUAAAAAAAAACCCGUAGGAAAAAUUUUGAACAUAAUAUUAUCAGAUGAUUUCAACGAUACUCAUGCACGGCAUGCACAUAAGAUUUUUAAGAGACUUUCAGAAGAUUUUCUUAACAAUGAAGAUAUCAUUUUUAAAGGAGGAUCAGAAACAUUCAAUUCCAAAAAGCCAUGGAAAGUUGCAUCAGCUGACAGCUCUUUGACAUUCAAGAUCUCGACAAGUUCUACUGCUGAGAAAGAUUCUUACAACAAAGCAUUUUUUGUUCUUCAUAGAUUUAAUAUUAAGAAGGAGAAGUCGUCGCAUAACAAUGAUCAAAGAAUAUGUAGAUCCAGUUUAACUCAUAAAACUAAAACAUUGCAUUCACAUUUUAAUGCAUCUUAA